UGUUUUAGAGGAUUGCGUCACAGGACGACACAGGCCAGGCUUUUGGUGGGAAUAUGAGUUCGCUUCCACGUAUAUAUAUCUCAAAUUAAAUCCAUCCAUAUAUGUUUUGUAAUGUUAGAUGCAAUACCAACAUGACUGGCUAUGUGACAAGUACAUAACCGAUUCAGAAUUUGUGCGUAACAUCAUUUUAUGUUUGAUAAAACCACAAGGCUAAUCAGGGAAAGUUCACUCCGCCUAUUGUUUGCUAGCAUGCUAUCACGUUAGCCAACAGUAUAUCUGACUUAAACUUUAAGUCAAUUUAAUUACAUUUUGAAGGCUACAUUUACAGCAGCUUGAAGGACAUCUUGUGCUUUAUGUCUUCUUAAUUGGUUAACAUAGUGUUUAGUGGUUACGCAGCGCUCAGUUGGUUUAUUUAACAUCACAUUAGCUAAUUCAACCUGUCAAGAAUCAACAACAUGCCAGAAAUCCAACUCAAACACGUCGUGUCUUGCAGCACCGAGGACACUGCACACAAGGCAGACAACCUGCUGAGCUCUGACACCUACAGAAAGUGGAAAGCAGCAAGAUCCGGGGAGAAGCAGACAUCAGUCAUUCUACAGUUAGAGAAGGAGGAGCAGGUGCACAGCAUUGAUAUUGGAAAUGAAGGCUCUGCUUUCAUCGAGGUGCUGGUGGGGAAUUCUUCAGCUGUCAGAGAUCAGGACUAUGAGGUUCUCUUGGUUACGUCUUCCUUCAUGUCGCCCACGGAGAGUCGUAACGGCACCAACAUGAACCGAGUGCGUUUCUUUGGGCCUCAGCAGCUGCAGAAGAGCGCGACUCAGGAGAAGUGGGACAGAGUGAAAAUUGUGUGCAGCCAGCCAUACAGCAAGAACAUAGCAUACGGACUGGCCUUUGUGAAGUUUCAUUCACCGCCUGACAAAAAUGAUCCUCUUCCAACAACCUCCCCGAAACUGACGAAGCUGGGACAGUUCAGGGUGAAGGAGGAGCCUCCGUCCUCCGCUCCCAGCCUUCAGCCUGGCAGUCUCUUCUUCAAUCGGGACCAUGCAACAAAGUCCACUACCUCACCGAAAGUGUCUCCUCCGAGUGAGAGGUUGAGUUACGCUGCUGCUGCGCUGCAGGCUGGCGGCUCCCACUCCUCAGGUGGCGGCCCCCCCUCCUCAGGCCCGCUUCCCUCCUCCAGCUCGGCCUCACCGCAGCCACCUGCAAAGAGAACAUUUGAGUUCAGCAAAGAGCAAAAGUCUUCCUCCGGCCCUCCCCCCUCGAAGAAAUCCAGCCCAGCUGUCUCACCUGAGGGGAAAGCUGCGGCCCCCAAACCCAAGCCGAGCCCCGCCGGCACGCCCAGCUCCAGCACUCCGAAAGCGUCGCCGGCACAGAAGUCUGCUGAGAAGAAUCGAGAGAGCCACUCUAAACCCGACCCUAAACCCAAACAACCGAAAGCCAGCGUGCAGCAGGUCCCUUUCAAACGCAUCCUGGAGGGGGUCGUGUUUGUCCUCAGCGGCUUCCAAAACCCCAUAAGAGGGGAUUUGAGGGAAAAGGCUGUGGACAUGGGAGCCAAAUACAGACCUGAUUGGACCCCCGACGCCACACACCUCAUCUGUGCCUUCUCCAACACCCCCAAGUACAGCCAGGUGAAAUCAGCAGGGGGCAUCAUCGUGCGGAAGGAAUGGGUUUUGGACUGCCAUAAGAAAAAACAGAAGAUCACCUAUAAACAGUAUCUGAUGGAUGGAGCAGAGUCAAGCUCAGAGAGCGAAAUGGAAGUGGAUGAACAGAGUGAAGAGGAAGUGAGCACAAAGACUCCACCAAAGCAGCAGAGACAAGUGACCCCGAAAAAGACGCCAGAGAAGAAGAAAGACGAGGAUGAGUAUGCUGGCUCAACCGAUGUGGAUGAACCAGGAAGUGGAGAUGAGGAGUCUGCCGUGGACACUGAGGACGAGCUGCAGAGGGUGGAGCACGAGAGCAGAGAGAAGAAAGCUUCAUCAGACAUGAAGGUGAAGCAGGAGGAUCCGUUCGGGGGGUCCACAGACGAAAACACAGACGCUGAGGCUGAAGAGGAUCUCCCCAUCCCUGAGCUCCCAGACUUCCUGAGAGGAAAGCACUUUUUCCUCUAUGGUAAAUUUCCCAACAACGAGAGGCGCCUUCUGCUGAGAUACAUUGUUGCCUUCAACGGGCUGAUCGAGGACUACAUGACGGAGAAGGUGCAGUUUGUGGUGACCAGUGAAGGGUGGCACGACUCCUUUGAAGACGCGCUGAUGGAGAACGGCAAUCUAAACUUUGUCAAACCCGCAUGGAUUUACGCAAUCAAUGAACGACAAAAGAUUCUGCCCUAUCAGCCCUACUCCGUUGUCCCCUGAACAAUAUCCUGUACGUACACACACAGAUGAGCACACACACUUACACUCAGUUUCCUGAACAAUGGAGCAAAGGUUUUUCUUUCUUCUGAUUUGCAGCUUCCUGAGAGACAAGCAAUAAACAAACUACAGUUCAUUAAUGCUUUUACACUUUCUCCUGGCCAUCAUGGAACGGGUUCAACCCUGAUGUUCCUUGCUUUCUGCUAAGAUGGGAGAAGAAUAUUUUAAAAUGUGGUGUGUAAUGUUAGGAUAAGGUUUAGAUUCAUGGUUAGCUUUUUAGUUCAAGGUUGUUAGUUUUAGCUUGGCCAGAAGGGGAAAUGUUCUUCAUCAGUGUCGUGUCAGGCGCUCUUUGUGGACAAAGCACACACACUCUGAGUCCUCUGUUACUGUGAUGCAGUGUGUUGCUGCUCACCUCAAGAACCUCAGACUCUCUGGAAAUAAAUGACCCGCUGUCCUCACUGCCAGCAGCACUGAUAACACUCUGACUUGGGUAAGCGGGGAGACCAUUAUGAAACCAGCAGUGAAAGUCAGCUGAAGAAAAGUGCCAUUUUUCUAUUGCUGCAGCUACCAAAUGCAGAAAUCAGGAAACAGUAUUCUACAACAAUAAAUAAAUACUGGAGUUUGUUUUUCUCCUUUUAUUUUAUUAAAAGCCAUGAUUUGGAAAGUGAUGGAUUUCUCUGUGUCAAUGCUUGAUAAUGCUUGAGUUUGUGAUUUGUUUUUUGAGUCAUGUUCGUGGAAUGAAUAUUAGAAGAAAUUGACAGAUGUGAGGAUGUAAAAGAGUUGUCGAGGUUACCGUCUGCUUUUCCGAAGCAAUUUAAGUCUCUUUAACUUGUUUUUGUUCUUAUGCUACUUAAUUAUUUAGUCAAAAUAAAAAAAUGGUUUUCUAAUGAAA